AUUUAUUUGUGUACCCUAAGAUUAGCCUCUCUACAUUCACAUUUAAAUCCAUCGUUGAUGAAAUUCACAUCUUAAUUUCGCCGCCUGCAUUUUUCCUGCUGCCAAACACGUAAACUGCAAAAACGCUCAACAACUGCGAAUUCACAAUCUUUCCAUUUUCUCCGUUCCCAAAUUCGACCUUAUAUACUGUUUUGUGGUGAAGUUUUUCACUACUUUUAGUGUGGCGAUUGUUGGAGGGGAUAUGGUUUUGUACGAUCCCUUUUUAGGGGAAUUUUUCACGAGAGCCUAGUUUUGGGGGAAUUUGUCAUUUAGGGUUUGCCUUUUUGAUUCGCCGCAUAUCACAUUCUGUUCACGGUUAUCAGUGUGUGGUUUUGUGACAUUUCAAGCGAGGGAAGAUCGUGUAUUGGCGAUUUAAUCGUGGAAUUUGGCGGUUGGAAUUGAAAUUGUUAACAAUGGAGUGAAGUAGGAAGAAUUUUGAUUGUUGAUUGAAUAUUACGUGAGGAUUGUGGGACAGUUAAGCAGGACGGUUGCAUUCCUGGGGGUUGGGGAGAGUUUGGUUUCCAGGAGUUAAUACACCGUCUAAAGGCACUGUUUGUGGGUCUAGAAAGCACGUUACAUUCGAAAGGAUUUAUCUUGGGGAUAAUCAGUACUGUGUUGUGGCAUUAGAAUUUAUUCUUUCUAAGAAUAACUGGAUCAUGUCUGGUGCUGAUGGAAAGAACUGAGCCAGCAUUAGUUCCAGAAUGGUUGAGAUGCACAGGAAAUAUUGCCGGAGGUGGCGCAGCACUCCAUAUCUCAGAUACUUCUUCGCCGCGAAGUAGGCCUUUUAGGAGCAAUAGUGAGAAGGAAAGCUCACAUUACCUUCAGAGGAGUUCUUCGUCGAAUUCUAGGCGUAGUUCAGGUAGUAAUGGCUCUGCGAAGCAUCCGUAUAGUAGUUUCUCAAGGAGCCACUGGGACAGAAACCGUGACAGGGAGAAAGAGAAGUCUAUUUCUGAGGACUUCUGGGAGCAUGGCUCUUCUGACCCUUUGGUGGGUAUAUUAACUAGUAAAGUUGAGAGAAAUGCCUUGAGGCGUUCUCAGUCAUUGGUUUCAAGAAAGACUGGUGAACCUUCACCUCAGAGAGUAGAUAACAAGGACUCACCUAUUCCUGGGAAUGGUGUCCUUUCGCGGGGGAGCAAGCUAAAUGUAAUUCAGAAGUCUGUGUUUGAAAAGGAUUUUCCAUCGCUGGGGACUGAAGAUAAGCAAGGUGUAGCGGGAAUUAGGAGAGUCUCAUCUCCUGGUUUGAGUUCUGCUGUUCAAAGUUUGCCCAUGGGCAGCUCAGGGUUUCUUGGUGGUGAGAAAUGGACAUCUGCUUUAGCAGAGGUGCCUGCUGCUGCUGCAAAUAAUGGCACAUGUCACUCUCCUGUCCAACAGAAUGUUUCUACAUUUCCAAAUUCAUCUUCUGGGGUUUCUAGUACUGUUGGUCUUAAUAUGGCCGAGGCACUGUCACAGCCUGCAACACGUGUUAAUGCUAAUCCCCAGCUACCAGAUAAGAGUCAGAGACUUGAGGAGUUGGCCAUCAAGCAAUCGAGACAAUUAAUUCCUGUGACACCUUCAAUGCCUAAACCAUUGGUUCCUGGCACUGCAGAUAAAUCAAAGCAAUCAAAGAUUGCUCUGAGAACCAAUGAGAUGACUUUGGCACCCAAGGCUAUUCAUGCACAACCCAAUUCUUCUCAUUCUGUUAAUCAAUCUCGUGCUGGACAAACCAGGUCUGAUUCUGCAAGCAACUCUCAUGUUGGAAAGUUUCUGGUUCUUAAACCCGGCCGUGAAAGUAUCGUCGUUGGACAAAAGGAUGUAAAUAGUGCACCUGGUAAUGGCAAUGGAAAAGUAGCUAAAGAUGGCCAGCUUGCUAUGGGUUCAAGUACUGCGACUGCAUCAAAUAGUGCAAGCAAUGUGAGGGUUUCUGUUCUUGAAAACAAGUCUGCUGCCCUAUCUCUAGGAUCAAGAUCCCCCGUGGAAAAGAAAUCGCCCCAAUCUCUGGCACAAAGUAGAAGUGAAUUCUUUAAUCUGAUGAGGAGGAAAACCUCAGUCCGUGCUCCUGCCAUUCACUCAGAUUCAAGUUCGGAUAUUCUCUCUCCCACUGCAGAGACAACUGUAGAAAAUUGUAAAGAAGGCCAUGCUUCUGACACUCCUUGUGUUUUGGAGAAUGGAAACCAGAUGGUGUGUAAUGGUGAUAGAUAUGACAUUACUGAGAAGACAGGAUGUCUUCCGGAUGUCGGAGACAGUAGCUUGUCUAGUCAUGGAUCAAUUUACCCUGAUGCAGAAGAGGCUGCUUUCCUUCGAUCACUUGGCUGGGAGGAAAAUGGUGAAGAUGAAGGAUUAACUGAGGAAGAGAUUAAUGCUUUUUAUCAGGAGUACAUGAAGCAGAGGCCAUCCAUGGCAGCGUGUCAAAGCUCUCAGCCCAAGCAGCCUACACCGUCAAAACUUCCCAAUGCUAUUUCAGAUGUUGCAAUAUCUGACUCCAGCUCCUCUGAGUCAGAGCCCGAAGCUUGAUUGUCAGGACCAUGCUGAAAGUUAUGUGGAGAACUCAAUUUUGUUUGCUUUUUGUUCUAGAGGAGACCUAAGGUUUUUGGUUGAUAAGGAUUUUUGGCUGUGGCAGAAUGAGGGGCCGUAUAAUAAAAUAGCUGGCACCUGAUAUUGGCAGAAACGGCAUCUUGUUGACCGGUCUACGUCUGAAAGACAGGAUAGGGGAUGCACUCUUGCAUUUUGCAUUGACAGUAGUUGGUAGGACUUCUUUAUGGUAUUUUCUUUCUAGAGGUUGGGAAAAGAAGUUGCCAUGUUUUGAUUAAUUUUACGCCAAUAGAAAGGAAAUGAAAAGUGGGUUACAUAUUUAUUC